GAGAUGGCAGCUGUGGCAGCAGAAAACCAGGAUUCAAUGGCUAAAAUGCCAUCAGUUUUCAUGGCAGGAAAAAUAGGAGGAGAAGUGAAAACCAUCAAAGUGAAGAAAUCAGAUGCUAAUGGCGCAGAGCUGCUUAUUGUGACCCCUAAAGCACAAGGCAGUUACCCUGUGCUUCUCUUCUGCCAUGGUUACUCCACUCAAACCACUUGGUACUCCCACCUUCUACAGCACAUCUCUUCCCAUGGAUAUAUCGUCGUCGCCCCACAGUUCUACCACUGCCUCCUCAUAUCCCUCACCGACGAAAUCAAGAUCGCCGCCAAAGUCACAAACUGGCUACCGUCGGGCCUACAAGAUUCCCUCCCCGACAAUAUCAAACCAGAUCUCUCCAAGCUCGCUAUCAUGGGCCACAGCAGAGGUGGCAAGAUAGCAUUCGCCCUCGCAUUAGGCCACGCGCCAACCUCACUCAAAUUCAAGGCCCUUUUCGGGCUGGAUCCAGUCUCGGGCCCCACACCGCCCACUUGGGUCGAACCCAACAUCCUCUCUUACGUGCCGCACUCUUUCAAACUCUCGAUCCCAAUUGGGGUCAUCGGCACCGGAUUGAGCAACCGAACUAAUAAUUACGUUUUCCCGCCGCUCGCCCCUAACGGGUUCAAUCACUCGGAAUUCUUCAACGAGAGCAGGCCCCCCUGUUGCUAUUUUCUUGCCAAGGAUUACGGGCACUGUGAUUUUCUAAACGACUCGAAAACGGGGUUGGCGGGUUUGGUGUGCAGGAGUGGGAAGGGGAGUAAAGAGAAGAUGAGGAGAGGUGUUGGAGGGAUUGUGGUAGCAUUUCUCAAUGCUUAUUUGGGUGGUGGAUUUGAAGAUCUUGAAAAUAUUGUGGCUGCACCAGAUAUUGCUCCUAUAACUCUUGAUCCUGUUAUUCAUAUCAAGGAAUAAAUAGAAUAAUUGAUAGCAUCGUUUGGUUUUUUUUUUUUUUUCUUUUUUUUCUU